UCAAACAUAUGUGGGUCCUUUUCCUGAUUCAUCAUUCUUUUGCCCUGAUACGAUGGCUAGUAAAGGCAAGGCCGAGUUUCUGAUCUGGCAUGAGAAAAAUAAAGAUAAAGAGUUCGAUUUUCAAAAGGAGAUGUUGGAGUAUUGUAGAUCUGAUGUGGAUAUUAUGAGGAGAAUUUGUUCAAUGUUUAGAGAAGAGAUGAUUAAAAUAUCUGGUGUAGACCCAUUCUGUUAUAUAACUAUUGCGUCAUGCUGCAUGGCUGUCUACAGGAGCAGACAUUUACAAGCAAAUACAAUUGCGAUGGUUCCUGUUAAUGGAUACAUAAACAACACCAAUUAUAGCUCUGAUGCAAUUAGGUGGUAAGAUUUUGUAGCUGCUGAGGAAUAACAAUUGAACACGCUUUAAAUGGAAGUGGGGAAAUAAAGAUUGGAGGCGUGUCUGUUGAUGGAUUUUGCAGACAAACCAAUACCAUAUACCAAUUUCACGUGAGUUUAUUAUAAUGCAUGAUUACUUUUAUUGCAUAUCAUGAUUGUCUUAUUAAAUAUUUAUGGUUUUUUAACAGGGUUGUUUUUAUCAUGGAUGUGCAGACUGCUAUGAAGGAGAUA